GUCUGCCGUUAGAGUGAUGAGGCCGCGGAGGUGGCUUGAGUUUGCAGUGAGCAGCCGCAGAUCUCUCCUCCUCUCUCUGCCGGGGAAACACGUGCGGAGCAGCAGCAGCAGCAGCAGCAGGCGGCACCACGGCACUCUCAUGGCUGAGGAGGCCAAAAAACUGGCAGCUUAUGCAGCUGUGGAUAACCACAUACAGAAUAAUCAGGUAGUUGGAGUGGGCAGUGGCUCAACUAUUGUCUAUGCUGUGGACAGGCUGACUGAGAGGGUCAGACAGGAGAAGCUGAAUAUUGUGUGUGUUCCUACGUCUUUCCAGGCCCGUCAGCUGAUUCUACAGCAUGGUCUCACUCUGUCUGAUUUAGACAGACAUCCUGAGCUGGAUGUAGCGAUUGAUGGAGCCGAUGAGGUUGAUGCUGCAUUGACACUGAUAAAAGGAGGAGGAGGAUGCUUAACCCAGGAGAAGAUUGUGGCUGGCUGUGCCAAACACUUCAUUGUCAUCGCAGACUAUAGGAAGGACUCGAAGGCCCUGGGGCAGCAGUGGAAGAAAGGUGUGCCGGUGGAGGUCAUUCCCAUGGCGUAUGUGCCUGUGUCCAGAGCCAUUGCCCGGCGCUUUGGAGGAGAGGCUGUGCUGAGGAUGGCAGUCAGUAAAGCUGGUCCAGUGGUUACUGAUAACAGUAACUUCAUCCUGGAUUGGAAGUUUGAGCAUGCACAGAACUGGAAAGAGGUCAGCACAGCCAUCAAGAUGAUCCCAGGUGUGGUUGAGACGGGUUUGUUUGUGGGGAUGGCUGAGCGGGUGUACUUCGGUAUGGAGGACGGGAGUGUCGAGACUAGAGACCAUCCUAUCAACUAAGAAGAUCCUUCCUCUGCUCUUGCAGUAGACCAGCACGCACACCUCAAGUGCCGUUCAAAUACACAGACUCUGGCAGCUCUUUCCCUACAUUUUCUGUUACAGAAACCAUCAGACGUCUGAUCAGUACCUCUCAUGAUGCUGUGCACAUGGAAUAUGGAUUUUUACACAACAAUGCAACAUUAGAUUCUCUGACCUUUCAGAUAUUCCUGUUUUUCCUCUCAUACCCUCUGUCUGGGCAAUUCUGCUUAUGUUGGGCUGGAGUCUACGGUGACUAUCCAUACUGUACAUCUACAGUGUCUGCUUGCCUUCUGUGCUUCUUUACGUAGCCAUGAAUGUUGUGUUACAUGGCUGUCUGUAAAAAUGUAUGAAUAUUGUGGCUUGCAUCUGUGCCUCCAUAAAUGUAUAUUUUCACAAAGCAUAGUUGCUGGCCUUACCAAUGCAUGCAGCUUUAAAGAAAAUCUCGAUCACACCCCAUGGUUAGUAUAGUUUCUGUAGGUUCAUAUGAUCAUUUUGAAUCAGAAACCGAUUUCCUCAGACGCUCCAAUGUGAAACCUCAAGCGAAACUAGUGGCCUUUGCCAGCACACAGCGGUUGGUUUAGUUCAGUGAUCAAUCAUUUCAGAGCAUUCUGCCUCUGGACAAAAUACACUAUUUGAAGUUGUGAAAUGCCACUCGGCUUUUGAUAUUGAUUUUGUUUUUGUAUAAUUUUUUGAUGUGCCUGUGGCCACGAGCACAGUGUUGUCGAGGGAUGAAAGCAGCAGUGAGUUGGUGGCACAGCUGAAAGCCUUAUCUUCUGUUCUUUUAUUGAUCUUUCAGUUCUGUUAAUGAAAACUCUUCACUGAAGUCACUGUGAUUUUUAGGUAUGGUACUACAUCAAAAACCAAAAACCAAUUUUACUGUGAUACUGAGGUUUUCAAAUAUUGUGCUCCAGAUUGAAAAUAAAUA